GAGGCAGCGGCUGCCGCGCGCCCGUGUGCCCAGUGCUCCAUGCUGCGUUCACCCGCUCCGCUCGCUCGACCGCCAGCAGCUCGCCCGACCCGUGUUAGCUGGGACUGUCAAGAAUUUCCAGCUGCAAGGCCAGCUGGUGCGUAAUCGUUGGGACUUUUACUUUGUUCCUGCGAGACGCACCCAGUUCAUUCACACAAAGAGCUGCAACCGGCAGCCGUGAUAUGCGUGCGCUGGCGCCGCAGCGCCCGCGCAGCGCGCGAUAACCGCAGCCCGCUGCCAACUGCCAACUCUCCGCGCUCUCACUCCACUAGCUAACGCACGCGCCCGAAGACGCGUCGCGCGCCCUCGUCCCUCGCGAGUGAUGCCGAUGACGGACUCUUCAAGUUACCAAACACUGGCAGCUUGCAAAACGUAACACGAAAAAAAAAUCUGACGUUUGUGCGUCACUGAAAUGGCGCAUCGAGACGUGCGGAUGUAAACAAAAAUUGUGUAAAAACAGGACUUCAAAAGUUUAGUGCUGUUAGGAGUGAAUAAAAUAAAUAAAAAAAUUGUGCAAAAUGACGUCGCGUUCGAAGGAAAAAGUCGCGGCUGCGUUUAGGAAGCUGUUCCGGUCUCCGGAGAAACUGGACAAUGACGGAGCUGGGCCGAGCGGGUCCCCGGCCAGGCGCGGGCUCCUGCGGCGACACAGAGACGGUGUGAGUCCAGCAGAAGCGGCCAGCCACCCGAACAGCCCGGCGCCCGCCGCGCUCAGCAAGAAGGGCGCCGGCGCGAGCGACGUGCGAGAGCGCGCCGCCGCCGCCGCCGCCGUGCGCACCAGGCGGCUCAUGAAGGAGCUCAAGGAAAUACAGAGGUUGCAGGAGAGCCGCUCGGAUCCCUUGUUUACGGUGGAGCUAGUAAACGACAACCUGUUCGAAUGGCACGUGCGGCUGCACCAGAUCGACCCCGAGAGCGAGCUGGCGGCCGACCUGCGCGAGCUGCACAUCCCCAACAUCCUGCUACACCUCGUCUUCCCGGAGAACUUCCCCUUCGCGCCGCCCUUCAUGCGGGUUAUCGAGCCCAGGAUAGAGAAGGGAUUUGUCAUGGAAGGCGGCGCGAUCUGCAUGGAGCUCCUAACGCCUCGCGGCUGGGCGUCCGCCUACACAGUAGAGGCCGUGGUGAUGCAGUUCGCGGCGUCAGUGGUCAAGGGGCAGGGGCGAGUGGCGCGCGCGCCGCCCCGGCCCUCGCGGGAGUUCUCGCGCCGCCGCGCCGAGGAGGCCUUCCGCUCGCUCGUCAAGACCCACGACAAGUACGGGUGGGUCACGCCCGCGCUGUCAGACGGUUGAGCGCUAUGUCCAAUUUCCAGCUGACUACAGCCAGCCGAAAUGCAGAUUAGAUCUCUAUUAGUUAAUUAAUCAGAUAUAAUUUUAAAAGUAUUCUCAUAACUUAGUGCAAUUUUUAAUAAAGCUGUGUCGUUAGAUGACUGUAUAUCCCCUUAGACAAGUUCCCGUGUCGAAGCUAAAGAUUGAUCAGUGUUUCCAUGCUUCUAUUAAUGUAAUUAAGUAUUAUCCUUGUAGUUAGGUUACGAUAAAUAUAUUGUGAGCGGUGCAAUUUCUUAGUCAAAAUUGCAAAAACUGCAGUCAAGAUUUUACUUGUCAGUACGAUGCGAAGCAAAAUUAAUUAAUCGACAACAUACAUCAGUGUGGUAUUAUAGAGUACAGAUGUAGUGCGAAAGGAAUUUCCUUCGUAUUUUCACGAAGGAACGUACGAACGUUGUUAUGCUAUUUCAGUCAGUCUCAGUACAGUCAAGUGUAAAAAUAUGGGUGUACACAUCUUACUCAAAAAUAUGUCCUAUAGCAUCUUAGUCCAGUGUAAUAAGAGCGUAGUACCAUAUUUAUGAGACGAUUAUUUCGAUACGUAUUUUUGCACUUGACUGUACAAGACGUACUGACACUGUCUGAACUAGCAUGACAAAUACGAAUACGAACAUUUCCGGAAAAAUACGAAGGAUAACCUUUUCGCACAACAUCUGUACCGAUUUCUUGUGACCUAUCUGGCAUAGUGUUUAUUUAUAUUUUAUAAUCGCAAAGGGCGACUAAACUACGCUCUAUGAACUCCUAACAAAACUAUUCAGUGAAACACUUCAUAUUUAAUUUAUAGAUAAUCGCUAACUAUACUUCUUCUGGUCAAAAUCCCCCCCCCCCCCCCCCCCCCCCUGCAACUGAGUGCCCUGCAACUGAGUGCCCAUCGAUACGUCGAAUCUUUUUUACGUACCUUCCUACUGUAAGAAAAUUGUAUGUGCCGAUUUCCUGCGUAUCGCUCAAAUUACUUACGUAUAUUAAGCUAGCGUCUAGCUCCUAGACCAACAUACUUUAACUGUGUUUUGUAAAUUGAAAAAAUGUGCCAAACUAUGACUGUACAUAUAGAUAAUACUGGCGUCUGCAUACAUUUCUAAUCCAGAGAAUUCUUACAGUAUGCCUAAUAAUUUCAUACAAUUAGUCAUUGUAAUUCUAAAUGGAAGAUUUCACUUCUUAUUGUGUCUUAGAAAAACAAUUCUAGUUCGAUGUCUAGCUGUCUGUCUUAGAUAUAUUAAAAGUUGCAAACAUCAAGAAACUCAAAAUUAUAAUGUUAUAUUAUUUGUUUGAACAGUAUAACGUUUUAAAGGAAAUGUUUCCGUCCCAACGUCAUUUAAACACUUGAUAUUGUAGAUAAAUUAGUAUUACUAUUUAAAAUCCAUUCCAGCACAAAAAAGGAUAAAUUGAGCACUUGCGUGAAUGAUUUCUCUUAUAACUGAAAAAUACUAUGACAUUGACUAUACAUAUAUUUUGAAUUGAUUAAAAUAAAUAUGCAUCAAGAUAUCAUUUUGACAUGUUUUUUCCAUAUUAUUAUUAUCUAAAAAUUGCAACCAACUAAAAGAAACAUACAAUACUAAGUAGCAUACACUGCAAUAAUAAUAUAAAAAUACAUGUGCAGACUAAACAAACUAACUGUUCAGAACUCUACACCAAAAAUAAGCAAUAAUUUCUGUAAGCACAAUAAUACAAUUUCUUUCCCUUAAAUUUACACUUUGGAUAAUAUGAAUUUUACGUAUGUAAAGUAGUUUAUUUAAUUUAAUGAGUGGUCAAGUGCUCAAACUAGUUGAUACUUUGGAAAAAACUUGAAAUAAAGGCUUGUGGUAACUUAAAAUUUAUUAUUAAAUUAGAUACAAAUACGCGUAAAUGUAAUUUAGGAAAUAUUUCUUGAUGUUGUUGAUUUGUUCUGUAAACCAAAGAUGUUUAUUUUUAUGUAAUAUUCCAAUGCAGUGCAAAAUGUGUAUUUAUACCUGGAUUAUAUGUACAAUGUUAUAUGGGUGUAAUAAAUUACAUGCUCAAAAUA